UACAUUUUUCUACAUACUCUUUGUGAAAAACCGUCGGGGACACGUCAUGUCGUAAAAAGCAUAGUGAUUACAUACUCUUUGGUAAAAAGAUACAAUUCUCAAUUCCGUCAAGCAAAUUCAGAUCGAAUCAUGGACGUUCUAUGAUCGAAGGUUCCGAUGACCAAUCAGUUCUAGAAAGAUUUUUGGAGUUUUCAUAGUUAUUUUUAGUUGGAUUUUCCUAUACGAAAUACUAGACACAUUUAUCAAGAAAAUUAUAUUUAAAACCGAUUUCGCAGCGAACUCGAGGCACCAUGAGGCUGUUCUGCAGAAUACUGUUCCUGAUAUUCAUUCUUCACUGCGCAUACGCACCACCUGUUUCUCCGGAUAAGAAAGACCAGGACAGUGAGGUGGUAGAUGAUCUGGCGGAGUACACAGAGUAUCACAGAUACUUGAAGGAGGUGGUUCAGGCGCUGGAGAGCGACCCCGACUUCCGCGAGCGGCUCGAGAAAGCUGAUGAAGAGGAUGUGAGGUCGGGCAAGAUUGCAGAACAACUGGACUUCGUGCACCACAACGUGCGGAGUAGGUUAGACGAGAUCAAACGGCGCGAGUUGGAGCGUUUGCGACAUCUGGCUACAAAGCACUACGAGCUGACUAAUGACCUCAGCUUCGAUGGAAAAGUGCCUUCCAAUGAACAUUUAGACCACCACAAUCCACACACAUUUGAGAUUGAUGAUCUGAAGAAACUCAUCCAGAAAACUACUGCAGACUUGGAGGCAGCUGACAAGAAACGCAGGGAAAAUUUUAAGGAAUAUGAGAUGGAGAAAGAGUUUGAGAAACAUCAGAAGUUGGAGAAGUUGGACGAGACACAAAAGAAAGAGUACGAGGAGAACCUGAAGAAGGAAGACGACGCAAAAAAGCAUCAUCAGCCGCUCCACCACCCGGGUGCAAAGGACCAGUUAUUAGACGUAUGGAAGGGAAUGGAUCGAAUGGACAAUGAUUUUGACCCGAAGGUGUUUUUCAUGAUGCAUGACGUGGACGGCAAUGGUGUAUGGGACCCCGAGGAGGUUAAAGCUCUUUUUAUAAAAGAGCUGGAUAAGAUGUAUACACCGGGAGGGCCUAACAAGGACAUGCACGAGCGGGCUGAAGAGAUGGAGAGGAUGAGAGAACAUGUGUUCACUGAGAAUGACAAGAACAGGGAUGGCUUGAUCGACUUCAACGAGUUUAUGAUGGAGACCCAGCGCGCGGAGUUCAACCAAGAUGAAGGCUGGAAACCCAUAGAUGAGAACCAAAUCUACACACAGGCUGAAUACGAAGCUUACGAACGCAGGAGGUUAGAAGAGCUGCGUUACUUGCAACAACGCGGCUUGGUGGACGCCCACGGUCGUCCAGUCCCCGGCGCCCAACAUCAAAUACAACAAGCUUACCAGCAACAGCAGGCCUACCAGCAACAAUUCCACUCACCGCCUCAGGGGUACCAACCGCAUCCCGGGCAAGUAGCUCAGCCACAGUUCCAGGGACAACCGCAGUAUCAAGGUCAACCGCAAGGUCAGCCACAGUAUCAAGGACAACCGCAAGGUCAGCCACAAUAUCAAGGACAACCGCAAGGUCAGCCACAGUAUCAAGGACAACCGCAAGGUCAGCCACAGUAUCAAGGACAACCGCAAGGUCAGCCACAGUAUCAAGGUCAACCACAAUACCAAGGGCAACCACAAUAUCAAGGACAGCCGCAGUACCAGGGACAACCUCAAGGUCAACCACAAGGGCAGCAACAGCCGCAGGGUCAACCACAAUCUCAACCGAUACAGAACCAGCAACCAAACGCUAACGUGAUCCCAGCACAGCCCCCGGUGCAAAACCAGGCCGCACAAUCGCAACCGCAAGCUCAAGCGCAGGCACAACAGGCGCAACCACCAGUGGUUGCGAACGCGCAGGAGCAAUCUCGAGCGCAACCGGUUCAGAAUCCGCCGGCGCCCAAACAGGACCAGCCACGUUAACAUUUCACUUCUAUACUACACAAGACUAAUUAUUAUAUAAAAGUAUAUUAUAUAAAGGGUGAUAUCUCAGUUAUACAGUGAACGCAAAUCAAGUAGUCCAAACUGAAAUUGAAACAUAGCGGUCUGCGCAGCUCAUAAACGAAGGAUACAAUAAGCUUACCCAAGGAAGAUGUGAAGGAUUAAAUCAAAAAAAAAAUUAAAACUCGACCAAAUUGUCAACAAAAACACACGCAAAUGACAUCUAAGACAAAUCUCAUCAUACAUCACCAUUAGAAAAA